AUGAGGACUGACCUUCUGAUACUGCCGAGUUUAUACAGUAAUGAAUCCGAAUACAAUGGCCACCAAUCGCCAUCGUUGAACCAUCCAAAUACCCAUGAAUAUCCCCUCCGUCAAGGUUCAAAAAGAAGAAUGUUUAGGGGCGAGAAACAUGGCCAGCUCUACAGCACGAGCAAGUCGUCUAUGCUUUCAGUACCCGUGUCAUACAAAUCGUUUCACUUCCCCCGCCCAAUUUGUCCCGCCAUUUUCACAAUCCACAAAUGUCCGAAUGAGCCAGGUCAUAGUACAGCAGCCCAAGAUCGCCGGUGUCAGGAUUCUGGAACAAAAUGCCGCCCCCCUUGUCUUGAAUUCCUUAGUGGAUCGUUGGCUCUAAGUCCAGGAUAA